CUUUUCCUGGAUAGACCACCCUACUCCAACCAUCAAGCCUAUCUUCCUCAACAAUGGGCCUCUGCAAAAUCCUCUCCAUUUCCUCAUUCCUUCUCACCACCCUAUUCUUCACCUCCAGCUAUGCAGCAACCUUCAACAUCCAAAACCGUUGCUCCUACACAGUUUGGGCGGCGGCAAUCCCAGGCGGGGGCAUGCGGCUUGGCUCAGGCCAAUCCUGGAGCCUCGAUGUGAAGGCCGCCACCACCGGAAGCCGUGUUUGGGGCCGUACCGACUGCAGCUUCGAUGCGUCAGGGAAUGGGAAGUGUGAGACCGGGGACUGUGGUGGCCGCCUCCAAUGCAAGGCCUAUGGUACACCCCCUAACACCUUAGCCGAAUUCGCACUUAACCAAUACAGCAACUUGGACUUCUUUGAUAUAUCUUUGGUUGAUGGAUUUAAUGUGCCUAUAGCCUUUAAUCCUACUUCCAAUGGGUGCACCCGUGGCAUCAGUUGCACCGCCGACAUCGUGGGAGAGUGCCCCGCUGCGCUAAAGACUACCGGUGGUUGCAACAACCCAUGCACCGUUUUCAAGACCGAUGAAUAUUGUUGCAAUUCUGGGAGCUGUAAUGCUACAGAUUUCUCAAGGUUUUUCAAGACUAGGUGCCCUGAUGCUUAUAGCUACCCUAAGGACGAUCAGACAAGCACCUUCACAUGCCCUGGCGGUACCAAUUAUGAAGUUAUCUUCUGCCCAUCAGCAGUGCCACAAACAUGUGUUUUUAUUAUAAAUUAAUUUGUGGUAAAAAAAACAUUUUGUGUUACAA